AUGUCUCUCCUCCGUCCCUCUACCCGCUUGGCGCGGGCUUGCGAGCUCCCGCAGAGCUAUGCGCCUAGAGCCUCACUCCGCGCAAACCCUAUAUUGAAGGCCCGGACACAGGUGCAGCGGCGGUGGAUAUCAGAGGAGCCUAAAAACACAGACCCGUUGAAGGAAUGGCGACAACACAAGCCCAGUCCGUGGGGGAACCGGAUCCGCAAAUACGUCUUGGUUCCCUUCACAUUACUGCUGAUCUAUAAUAUGCUCACGGAGGACGUGGAACCAGUCCAAUGCGAAGCCCCAUCAAUCGCAGAGAAAGACGCCCUCCUCAAGCGCGAAAGCGGAAUCCACCAACACUCGCCUAUGCGCCUGCGCAUGGAAGCCUUCAUAAAACAGUACCAGAAGCAGAUUGUCUCGGAGCUCGAGAAGGUCGACGGCUGCAGAUUUAAAGUCGAUUCCUGGCAGCGGCCGGAAGGCGGAGGUGGCAUAACGUGCGUCUUGCAAGAGGGCAAUGUGUUCGAGAAGGCGGGUGUGAACACGUCGGUGGUGUAUGGACGGCUUCCCCGGGCGGCGAUACAGAAAAUGAGGGUGAACCACAAGGCAUUGGAUCCUGAUGUGGAUUCUUUGGACUUCUUCGCGGCAGGCCUGAGCAUGGUGCUACACCCUUCCAACCCGAAUGCGCCAACCGUACAUCUCAAUUACCGGUACUUUGAGACCACCGAUGACCAGGGAAACACGAAUGCUUGGUGGUUCGGCGGCGGCUGCGACUUAACCCCCAGCUAUCUCUUCGACGAAGACGCAAUCCACUUCCACAAUACGAUCAAGGCGGCCUGCGACAAGCACGACAAGGACUACUACCCGCGCUUCAAGAGGUGGUGCGAUGAGUACUUCAACAACAAACAUCGCGGCGAGUCGCGCGGCGUCGGGGGCAUCUUCUUCGAUGACCUAGACGAGACAGAGAAAGAUCAGGAGCAGCUGUUUGCUUUUGUACAAGACUGCCUUUCCGCCUUCUUGCCUUCAUACCUUCCCAUCAUCAAUAGAAGAAAGAACAUGCCCUUUACAGAGGAGAUGAAGCAGUGGCAGCAGCUCCGCCGAGGUCGCUAUGUCGAGUUCAACCUUGUGCAUGAUCGGGGUACGGCGUUCGGCUUGCAUACGCCCGGAGCCAGGGUCGAGAGUAUCCUGAUGAGCUUGCCGCUUACAGCGAGGUGGCAGUAUAUGCACGAGCCGGAGAAGGGGAGCAGGGAGGAGAGGUUACUCGAGGUGUUGAAGAAUCCAAAAGAGUGGGUUUAG